AUGAUUUUUAUGUUAUUAGCAGUAAUUGUUUGUAAAUGUGUUAAUGGACAACAAAAUCAACGGUUUGCUAUAGAGCCGAGCGAUAAGACAGCAAUAGUUGGCGAUACAGUGAUACUUCCCUGUAGGGUAGACCAUAAACAGGGCACUUUACAAUGGACUCGCGAUGGUUUCGGUUUGGGAACCGACCGAACACUUAAUGGUUUUCCACGUUAUUUGAUGAUCGGUACCGAUGAUGAAGGUGACUUUUCGUUGCAAAUCAGCUCCGUUUCUCUUGAAGACGAUGCAGUGUUUCAGUGUCAGGUGGGAGCUUCUGAUGGGAUCAGAGGAAUCAGAUCCCGGAGCGCAACAUUCACUAUAUUCGCUCCACCAGAACAUCCAGUGAUAGUCCAGUCCCGAGCACAGGGAGAUUACCUGAGGACAACUGCUGGCAUUACAGUAGAGCUCACCUGUGAAGCACACGGCGGUAAACCACCCGCUGAGCUAACGUGGUUGGAUUGGGAGGGAAAUCCAGUGACGAGUGGCAUAUCAUAUACAACACAACUAUUAAGUGAUGGAAAGCGUUGGAAUGCGGCUCUUAAGUGGACAUUCAUUGCCAGUAAAGAGUUUGACGGAAAACAACUGACCUGUCGUUCAGAAAACGCGGCACUAAAACAACCAAAGUAUACACACAUUAAAGUUGAGGUCAGGUAUGCACCAGAAGUACGAAUACAAGCAGAGAGUGUUCAACAACACAUCGGAGAAGACGUCCAAUUGGUUUGCGAUGCCGUCGGAAAUCCCAGUCAAUUGACGUACAAAUGGUUCAAAAAUGACGAACCAGUUGUCGGCGAUCACGGCUCACGUCUAGUCAUAGAUAAAGUCGGCAAAGAUAUGAACGGAAUGGUCAUCAGUUGCGAAGCAGCCAACAGUGUGGGCGUCGGUCGCGCAAAAUGGACUCUGGAUGUGAUUUACGGACCAUAUUUUAGGACACCAUUAGAUUCGUCUACUGGCAGUCAAAUGGGACAACAAAUCACUCUAAGAUGUGAUGUCGACAGCAAUCCCAGACCUAACAUAACAUGGCUUAUGGCUGGCAGUACUCAAGUGAUGAGCACUGGACCCGAAUUAAUGAUUCGUGAUAUGAGUGCCGACAAAGUUGGACGAUAUAUGUGCAGAGCAUCUGUCAAAGGAUUUGCUGAGAUUUCAGCACAAAGUCUUGUAUUUAUUAAAGGUCCGCCACGAAUCAGACGGCCAUAUGUUCAAUACGGCACUGAAGGACAGUCCGUUACUGUCGAAUGUAUUAUAGACUCAAUUCCUUCGCCAUCAAAGAUAUUAUGGUUUCAUAAUUCACGGUUGGUAGACGUGGAUAACAACGAUGGCUAUGAACUGAUUGAAGACACCAUUCAAUCGGACUCAACAUUUCGGUCAAUGAUUUCUAUUAGAAAAUCUAAAAUAAGUGACUUCGGUUCAUAUAACUGUAGCGUUUGGAAUGAUUAUGGAUUUGAAUAUAAAAUCAUUACAUUAGUUCAAGAAUCAAACUUUUCACCACUGGUUCUAUCGAUUGGUGUAAUUAUAAGCGGAAUUGUAUUCAUAAUCGCGUCGACGAUAAUAAUUAUUCUGUGUUUAAAACGAAAAAAUAAGUUUACAGACAAUGAUAGUUAUGGGAAUGACCUGAAAAAAGGACAGGUAUUAACUGUAGGCAACAGUACAGCUUUAAAUGGUAAACAUAUGAAUCACUCGGUUAUGGAUUCGGGCAGUUCUGGAGCUGAUUCCGACAUUAAAGUAGAAGUACGGACCGCCAGUUCAUUGUCUCAACACUGGGAUGAAAACGAACAGCAAUGUAAUGAACAGACUGUCCAUAAAGACAUCGCACAACAAGUAGUUGAAAAUAUAUAUAGUUAUGCUAACAAUCAGUCCCAUCCCAUAGUUUUCCCCUCAAUUCAUAAUGCAAACGGAUUUAUCCCGACUUAUGUUGACUACAAUGUCGGACACGACUAUCUAUUGGUGCCAUCGACUCAAUUGACAUCAAAUCACGUGUCAACAGUGUCUCCAACACAGACACCUCACGCGUCCAUAAUUAUCUCAUCCGUCGACAAUCAAAGGGCCAGUUAUGCAAUAGAGCCCACGUAUGGUACACUUGUAGCCGACCAAAGGUACCGAUCCGUUGGUUACGCCAAUCCAUAUCUACGGACAUCCAAUUCGUCAUCAAUUGUGACAACAAGUAGUAGUGAUAAUAAUAACAGUAAUAAUCAAUUAUCUGCCGGAAUGUAUAGCGCCAGUCAAAGAUAUAUCACAAACAAUGGACACAUCGGACAGUCAGCGGUGAACAAUCAGUUGGCUACACAUGUCUGAUACAAAUACACAUACCUGUGCUUUGUUAUAGUGCUGUCAGUGAUUAUGUGCUUAUAAUGACUACUUGUGAACUCAUUUGAUACAAAAGAGACACUUCAUGUAUAUAAU